UAAAAAUGUCCAAAAAGUCUUGACUAGAAAGUAAUAGUGGUAGAUUAACAAAGAAGUUUAAAAGUGAGGUUGUCAAAGACGAGUCUGACUUCCUGUUCUCAAUGCCUACUCUUGAGUCAAGCAAGCCUCGAGUAGUUGACGCCAACAAGUUUGGUUCUAAAUGACCACUUUUUGUUAAAACUGGGUUGAAGAUAACUUGAGGCAAGAAACCACGCAAGAUGACUGUCUAGC